AUGCCUGUGGAUAAAUGCACAGACCUUCUGAGGAAUGGUGUGCCGUGCAACUCUAUUGCACCCUUUGAGAUCAACAUCACUACCAAGGGCACAGCAGCUACUGUUGAAUGGCUUGAGAAACUCCAUGCCAUUGGCUACAAGCCAGUUCUGCUACUAGGAAAGGCGAACAAAAAAAAGGAAAUUAAGUGUGAAAUAUUAACGCCUCACUGCACACUCUCCACCUUUGCCCAGGACUACCUACAGAAGAUAGGUUCAUUUUAUGAAUACCUUUGUGAAGGAUGGACCCAGGAUUCCAGUGGCAAUGAGGAUCAGCUGAUAUCUCUGCAGCUCACACCCUGCGAGACGAGCCCCACGGAGGGGCAGGUGGAGCAGGCUGAACCCACGGAGUGGCAGGUGGAGCAGGCUGAACCCACGGGGGGGCAGGUGGAGCAGGCUGAACCCACGGGGGGGCAGGUGGAGCAGGCUGAACCCACGGAGGGGCAGGUGGAGCAGGCUGAACCCACGGGGGGGCAGGUGGAGCAGGCUGAACCCACGGAGGGGCAGGUGGAGCAGGCUGAACCCACGGAGUGGCAGAGCUUGAUGCAGGUUAGGGCUCUUUUCAGCAUCGACAUUGCAAUGUGCGCAUGUGAAAUAGUCACAAUGCAGGAUUCAUGA